AUGGCAGAGUCGAAAUUUUUCAUUAAAUUUAGGAAACUUGUGGCGGUAUUCCUCGAUUUCGAGAAUGAAUACAAUGCUAUGAACAACGACGAUCAUACCAUGUUUACUGUGGAACUGCGGAAGGCAGAACUUAACAGGCUUUGGAAUAGGAUAAACACAGCUUAUGAGAGUUUCAGUGUUGAAUGCGAUGGGUCGGAGAAUGAAGAAGAGGCUUCACGUUUAUAUAGGCAGUGUAGAGAAGCCUACAUCAGUUGUGCAGCACAAAUGGGUGAGUUGUCCCAGUCAUUCGCUAACCAUUCCACUUUGUCGUCAACAAUGGCUAGUCCUCACCAAGUCCAACGGAGAGAACCUUUGGAAAAUAGGUUUUUGGACCAUCGUUUGCGUUUGCCACCCUGCACCACUGAAGUUUUUCACGGUGACUACUUGUCAUGGCCUUCGUUUAGAGAUAUGUUUACAGCCGUAUACAUUGAUUGUAAAUCCAUUACACCUGUUGAGAAGCUGUUCUAUUUGCGUCAAAGUACUCAGGGGGAGGCUUUGGAAAUAGUUAAAAAAUCCCCUUUGACGAAUGAUGGGUUUGAGAACGCAUGGUCCAAUCUUAAAAGUCGAUAUGAGAACAAGAGAAUAUUGGUCAAUAGUCAGUUGAAGAUUCUUUUUAAUCUUGGAUCGGUUAAAUCCGAGUCAGCAGGGGAGAUAAAUCGCCUUCAGCGGGACAUCAAUAAUUGUAUUACCGCUUUGAAAUUGCAUGAAAUCGAUAUACACAGUUGGGAUCCAAUUUUUGUAUUUUUGUGCUCAACCAAGUUACCAACUAAUACUUUAUCGCUUUGGGAGCAGACUGUUAGAAAUAAGACGGAGAUUUCAAAGUGGUCGGAUCUGGACGAUUUUCUGACAGCUAGAUUCCAGUCUUUGGAAACAGUGUAUGACCUGACACAUUCCCAUGAGGUUAAACCGACGGAUACAAAGGAUUCUCACGAAGCUUCCCGGUCCAGCAGCAAGGUAAAGUCGUACCAGACUAAUAUGGAUAAAAGAUUGUGUUUUGUGUGUUCACAAGAUCAUGUUGUGAAGUCCUGCCCAAGGUUUUUAGAAAUGAAUCAAGAGCAAAGGUUUAUUACUGUGAAAAGGAAUAAUCUUUGUUUGAAUUGCUUCAGCAGUAAUCAUAAGCUAAAUCAGUGUACAAGCAAAUUUAGUUGCUCGAAAUGCAAAUUGAGGCAUCACACUCUCUUGCAUAAAGAAUCUAGACAGCUGGAUACUGAAGACAUGGUGAAUUUGGAGGCUCAGCCUGGUACGAGUCGGUUUGCGGCCCAGAACGCUGCGAGUGAUGAAUCCAGGGUACAAAAUUGUUUCGUAUCUACUCGGAAGCAGGUGCUUUUGGGGACGGCCAUUGUUCACAUUGAGGUUAAUGGAACUGUUUUCUCGGCAAGGGCGUUGAUUGAUUCUGGCUCUCAGGCUACAUUUAUUUCCGAGAAACUACAACGACGACUUAAUCUCCCUUCUCCUCAUAAUGUGGGUUUUGAGGUGCAAGUUUCUAGUUUAGUUCUGCCACGAUUAACGGGACGUCUGCCUGGUCACACUCUUGACAUUCCAGAUUCCUUUUCGUUGGGCGAUCUUCCUUUGGCCGACCCGAAAUUCGGUAGGAGUGAUCAAGUGGACAUAUUAAUUGGCGGUGAUAUCUAUCCUCAGAUCUUGCUGGGUGGUGUUCGGCAAAACGUACUCGGGUCUCUUGUGGCCCAGGAAACUAUUUUUGGCUGGAUACUUACAGGGCCGAUUUCUGACUCAAGUCCUGGGACAUUUACUACCUGUGUCUCAUUUUGCACUGCGGUCGAGCUAGACAGGCUUUUGGAGAGAUUUUGGUUAUUAGAGGAACCACCCAAGGUUUUCAAAUACAGUCCAGAUGAUGAAUAUUGUGAAGACGUCUACAAAAGUACUACUACAAGGUUGCCGGAUGGUCGAUAUGUUGUAUCGCUACCUUUUAGACCUCAAUUUGCAAAUGGGAAGGGUCUUGGUCUUUCCAGGACGAAGGCGUAUCGCCAGUUUUUGAGAAAUGAGGUGUCAUUGUGUAAUAAACCGGAAUUUAAGUCCACAUAUGACGGUGUCCUUGAUGAAUAUGUGCUAUUAGGCCAUAUGACGGAGAUCCCUAAAAUUCAAGAGGAUUUGAAUUCUUUUUAUCUUCCCCAUCAUGCAGUAAUUAAACCUGAGAGCACUUCCACAAAGGUAAGGGUAGUCUUUAAUGCCUCUUGUAAAACUUCCACCGGCUUGAGUUUAAACGACACUUUGUACCCUGGUCCCAUUCUGCAAAAUGACCUAAUGUUGUUGAUAAUACGAUGGCGUUUUUAUCGGUUUGUUUUUAAUGGGGACAUCGAGAAGAUGUACCGUCAAAUUUGGCUACAUAAGGAACAUACAAGAUUCCAGAGAAUAGUUUUUCGCAAGGAUCCCAAGGCUGUUUUAAAAGAUUUUGAGUUAAAAACUGUAACAUUUGGUGUUAAUUGUGCACCAUUUUUGGCCAUUAGAACCCUGUUACAGUUGGCCUCAGAUGUUGAGAAGGAGCUGCCUUUGGCAGCUAAGAUAUUGCGUCAUAUGAUGUAUGUGGAUGAUGCUCUCGCGGGAGCACACGAAGUGACACUGGCUAUAGCGGCUAGGGACCAAUUGAUUCAAGCCUUGUCCUCUGCUGGGUUUUCUAUGAGGAAGUGGACCGCGAAUGAUGAAAAAAUUCUGCAGGGAUUACCAUCUGGCCACCGUCUUAGUGAGAAUUUUUUGGAAAUCGAAGACGAGAGUAAUGCCAAGACGUUGGGUAUAAGGUGGAACGCCAAGGGUGACUUCUUCUAUUUUUCAGUCAAGCCAAUUCAAAUGAAGCUGAAUUUUACGAAAAGAGAAGUUUUAUCUAUAAUUGCCAGCUUAUUUGAUCCUGCUGGUUGGCUUGGUCCCGUUAUUGUUGUUGCCAAGAUCUUGAUGCAGCAGAUUUGGGGUGAAGGAAUUGGUUGGGAUCAGGAAUUGACUGAGAGGAGCCACAAUAUGUGGAAUCAGUUUAUUUGUGACUAUGUGUCAUUGAAUCACAUUAGGAUUCCAAGGUGGGUGGGGUUUCACCCUAGCGCUCAAGUAGAACUUCAUGGAUUUUCGGACGCUUCAGAAAAGGCUUAUGGAGCUUGCAUUUAUGUACGAGUUGUGGAUGGUGGAUCCGUACAGGCUCAUUUAUUACUGGCUAAAUCGAGGGUAGCCCCUCUGAAGAUUGUUUCGCUGCCGAGGUUAGAACUUUGCGGAGCUCUUUUGUUGGCAGAUUUAAUGGGAGUCGUUAGAACCGAUUUGUGUUUAGAUGAGAAGAACACUAAAUUUUAUUGUUGGUCCGACUCUAUGAUUGUUCUUGCUUGGCUCCAAAAACCACCUAGCUCAUGGACGACCUUUGUUGCAAAUAGGGUGUCGAAAAUUCUUGAUAAGGUUGGAAAGGACAACUGGAGACAUGUCCGAUCAGAGUGUAAUCCUGCUGACCUGAUUAGCAGGGGUGUUCGCCCUCAAGAUCUUAUAGAUGAGACCCUAUGGUGGCAGGGACCGUCUUGGCUACAAUCUCCUAAUAGCCAGUGGGACAAGAGCAACGUUGACUUUGCUACAGAGGAGGAGGAACGGAAGGUGAAACUCUUCUCAACUUUCAUUAAGGAUUAUGAGGAAAUUCUUGACAGGUUCUCAUCCUAUGCCAGGGCAUUGCGUGUAAUGGCUUAUGUUUUUCGGUUCAUUGACUGUUUAAAUGGCCGGAGGAAUUUUUCGCAGACAUCAGUGAGUUCGGAGGAGCUCCAGCUUUCGAAAGAACGUCUGGUUGUUGUUGCCCAAAAGGUUUAUUUCACUGACGAUUACUAUAGAUUGUUGAAUAAUCAAUCGAUUUCAAAUAGAAGUCAUUUACUUUGCUUAAACCCAUUUAUUGAUCCGAAGGGCCUGAUGCGCGUUGGCGGCCGGCUGGAUAAUGCCACUUCUCUGUCGUAUAGUGAAAAGCAUCCUUUGAAUUUGCCCUAUAACUGUAGAAUAUCGAGGCUUCUGAUAGUCUUCGUACAUCAAAUGACGCUGCAUGGUGGUAAUCAAUUGAUGCUUAGAGUUUUGAGAACGGAAUUUUGGAUACCCCGGGUUAAGAAUUUGAUUCGAUGGGCCAUAAAUCGUUGUAGAAUUUGUUCAAUAAUGGCAAAAAAGACACGUUGUCAGUUAAUGGCGUCUUUGCCAGUCUCUAGAACAAUACUUGACAGGGCCUUUACUCGAACUGGUGUGGAUUUCGCAGGGCCAUAUGAUAUAAAGAACUAUACAGGUCGAGCAUGUUUGAUAACGAAAGGAUACGUGUGUCUUUUUAUAUGUUUUGCCACAAGGGCUGUCCAUUUAGAAGCAGUUAGUGACUUAUCGUCAACAACCUUCUUGGCAGCUUUCUCCCGUUUUGUUUCCCGCCGGGGUUGCCCCAAGGAAAUGUAUUCGGACAACGGCACUAAUUUCGUUGGAGCUUCGAAGACUUUGAAAUCCGAGUUUCGGGAAUUUCUUAAGGUGAUUGGCCCUCAACUAACGGGAUCAUAUGCGACACAGGGCAUCAGUUGGCAUUUUAAUCCAGCAAGCGCACCACAUAUGGGCGGUUUGUGGGAGGCUGGAGUGAAAUCGUUCAAGCAUCACUUUAGAAGAAUAGCGGGUAGUCUUAAAUACACCUUCGAAGAAUUUUCAACACUCUUGGCCCGUAUUGAGGCUUGCCUAAAUUCGCGGCCACUUUGUCCUAUAUCUGAUGAUGUAUCUUGUUUGGACGCGCUGACACCAGGACAUUUUUUGAUAGGUGGGCCCAUUUUAGCUCCCCCCGAACCAGACAUUCGAGAGACACCUGAAUCAAUUGUCAACCGUUGGCAAAGGGUUAAGGCUUUAAAUCAGCUCUUGUGUCUCCGGUGGAAGAAUGAAUACUUGAAGGAACUAACGAGAAGAAAUAAGUGGAAAAAUCCUGACGACAAUGUGAAAGUGGAGGAUAUGGUAGUUAUUAAGGAGGACAACAUCCCACCGAAUGAAUGGAGAUUAGGUCGUGUCACUAAGGUGUUACCAGGCGUCGAUCAGCUGGUGCGUGUUGUAGAGGUCAAGACCGAACGUGGCCCGAUAGUGAGAAUCAUGGUUAAAGCAAAAAAAUACAAUGUCGACAAUCGGGCCGGCAAAAAACGCAUAGUUUGCCGUGUUUGCCUUAAGGACCACCCUCUGCGAUUCUGUCGUAAGUUUUUGGAUAUGGAUUAUGCGGAACGAAUGAAAAUUAUUUCGAUAUAUCAGCAUUGCGCUGGAUGCCUAGCACAUGAUCAUACAUGGCGCACAUGUGAAAGUACUGGCAAGUGUCGCAAAUGUGGCGAUAUGCAUCACACGCUUCUACACAAACCUGGACCUCGUUCGUCCACUGUGAUGGCGUAUCAUGAUGGUGCUAGGCAAGGACCACAACCUUCGUCCAAGACCCCGUCGAAGAAGGGACCUCGUCCGUCCCAAUCUUCACAUCAGCAUGAUGGACCUAGUUCGUCCAGACGUGCAACCAAUAGGGGACCUAGUUCGUCCCGCGGUAAUCGGCACAAGAGACCUAGUUCGUCUCAACAUGCCCCCAAGGACAAACCUUCGAAGGAGGUAGUACCUUUCGAUGAACGGAGGCGUAAGCCGUACAAAGGUAAAAAUGAGAUGUCAACAGAGGUAAUUCCGGCAUACUGCCUACGAGAGACCAUACUGCUGAAAGCGACCGCUGUAAUAAAGAUAGUUUGUGGGGAUCGCUACAUACAUGAACGAGCCGUAAUUGACCCAAGCAUUGAGAGUUCUAUUGUAGCUGAGUCUUUGGUAAGUCGAAUGGGUCAAAGGGUGGUCCGAGUCGGAAACAAGACAAGAUGUCUUCUUCAAAUUCGAGGCAAUCACGGGAUGUCGGCAACAGUCGAAACAUAUGCUGAAGUGCGUCGUAAUCACACAGUUGUGACUCCAAAGAAGUCCAUUGAUGUACGAAUUGUUGAUGAGUUUCCUGGUUUGCAAUUGGCAGACGAGCAUUUUUAUACCUCAGCACCUUUAUUUUCAGAGCUUUCGGAUACCGCAAGACUGAAAGGUGGCCGGGAUGUUCACGUUCGUGCUGUGGCGUGGUUUGGUCUGCUCUGUGAUUUUGAUAGCAACCCCGAUUUUGGUUUUGAAGUGGCCACUAUGUCUUCAGGCGUGGGAUAUUUCUUCUAA